AAAUAGCUCCCGAGCAGAAAAGGAAAGAAGCAAAAGCCAAAAGUGAAAACACUUUCAAACAGUUGGGAGUAAAGCUUGUGAUUUCUGCAAGAGAACCUACUAGAGUGAUGGAGAUUUAAUAGUGGUUUCUGUUUUUUGCAUUAUUGGCAUUCACUCAUUUAGGUGGAGUGGCUGUCAAAAAAGAGGCGGAGGUGGCAGAACUCCAGCAGCAGCUGAACAUAGGUGCAAGCUUACAUUUGGAUUCGUGAUAAAGUAACACUGCCAACGAGCUACCAGCAGAAGCAAAAUGUCUAAUAAAAACAACAACCCGAAAAGACGAGAAGUCACCGGAUCAUCUUCUUCUAACUCCUCUAUUUCUUCGGUCGGUGCAGGAGACAAUGGAAUUUCAGCAGAUUUAGCGUCGUUAUUCGAAUGUCCAGUAUGCUUUGAUUAUGUGCUACCACCAAUAUUGCAGUGCCAAAGUGGUCACUUAGUAUGCACAAGUUGUCGUUCAAAAUUAACCUGCUGUCCCACAUGUCGUGGUUCUUUGGGAAACAUUCGUAACUUAGCAAUGGAGAAGGUGGCUUCAAAUGUAAAAUUUCCAUGUAAACAUUCAAACCACGGCUGUACUGUCUCACUGGUUUACACUGAGAAGGCCGAGCAUGAAGAAGCUUGCGAAUUUCGACCGUAUCUUUGUCCUUGCCCUGGAGCAUCUUGUAAAUGGCAAGGGUCAUUAGACUACGUAAUGCCACAUCUUAUGAUGUCCCAUAAGAGUAUUACAACAUUGCAGGGUGAAGAUAUUGUAUUUUUAGCCACAGAUAUAAAUCUUCCGGGGGCUGUAGACUGGGUAAUGAUGCAGUCCUGUUUUGGACAUCAUUUCAUGCUGGUUUUAGAAAAGCAGGAAAAAUAUGACGGUCACCAGCAGUUCUACGCUAUUGUGCAGCUUAUUGGAUCUCGUAAAGAAGCCGAAAAUUUCGCGUAUCGGCUUGAGCUAAAUGGAAACAGGCGUCGAUUGACUUGGGAGGCAAUGCCACGGUCCAUCCAUGAAGGUGUGGCUAGCGCAAUUCUUAACUCAGACUGCCUCGUAUUUGAUACCUCCAUCGCACAAUUGUUCGCAGACAAUGGAAAUCUCGGAAUUAACGUAACUAUUUCCGUUGUCUAGAAAGCCGUUUCGUUGACAUUUCAUUAUUUUUAACUAAAGCACUAACUGAAAUAAUUUGCUAAUACUGAUAUACACAUGCAGGUAAUAAGCGUGUAUAAUAGCAAAAUUCUACGCGGAAUCCUCCCGUUAAAUCAUUCGACAACUAUUAUAGCUUACACUUGGAAUAUGUUAUUGUGUAUAAAAUUGCAAUCGAUAAUGCAAACAGAAUUAAAGUAGCGAUUUAGAGGUGCAAGAAUUAAAUAAUGAAUAUAACAAAUACAAUCAAGCAGUUUUGUGUGUGAAACAAUGCAGAUAAAUGAACUCGUCUCGGAAAUAGCUGAACUGAAGCUGGAACUUGCCUUCGUUUCCUACGAGCAGGCGAAAAGAUUUAAAAUGUUUUGCCUCACAUUAAGUUUACAUUGUAAGGAUGUAAUAUUUUCAGUCAAUAAACUAAUUUUAU